AUGUCCAAAGAGACGACAUCUGACCUGGCCAAAGCUAUUCAUGCCUCUCUACAAGAGAGGAAGUUCCUUUUGGUCCUGGACGAUGUAUGGACUACUGAGGCAUUGUCUACAAUCACAUCUGCCUUGCCAGUGCACAACGAGAGGGGUCGAGCCCUUGUCACCACCCGUAAUCAAAAUAUCUUCAACCGGAUCAAACAUUACGAACGUUAUGAUCUUCCCCAGAGGCUGCGUUUCUUGACUAAUGACGAAGGUUGGCGACUCCUUCAGUUCAAAGUAUUCGGGAAGGACGGGCAGUGUCCUCCGCAGCUGCAAUGGCUCGGGAGACGUAUAAGCGAACGAUGCGAAGGAAUACCGAUGCUGCUGUUGAUGAUUGCAGGGAUUCUUAUGGACUACGUCUCGAAAGCAAAAACAAGCGUUGCCAUCGUGAAGUCGUGGAUAGAGCUAUCCCAAAGCCUGGAGAUGUACACUCCUGGUGGAUCCGAUCUUUUCAGGAGUGUUUUGGAAUUGAGUUAUGAUAGGAUGUGUGACGAGUUGAGGGAUUGCUUUCUUUAUUUGGGGGUGUUCCCAGAGGAUUAUGAGAUCCCGGCUUGGACAUUGACCCGGCUAUGGAUUUCCGAGGGGUUCGUUCGACCAAGGCAGGGACAGAGCUUGGAGGAGAGAGCACACGAGAAUCUAAUAGAUCUCAUCGACCGCAACUUGGUCAUCGUUGAUAAACUUAAAAGCAACGGUGACGUCAAGACAUGCCGGAUUCAUGACACAGUGCACGACUUUUGUAAAGCGGAGUCCGAGGGGAAAGAGCAUCUCUUCCAAGUGUUGAGAAAAAAUGGCGAUGGAACUUUCAUCAAACCUUCUCAAAACAAUCAGCACCGCCGCAUUUGCAUUCAUUCCAAUGUCCUGGAAUUCUUCUCCACAGAGCCAAUAUUUCCACUCGGGCUGACUCAACUCGUGCUUCUGAAGUACGUGGUCCUCUCUAGUGACUUCAAAGUCCUUCCGGAAGCCAUUUCCAGGCUAAGCAACAUGAUGACUCUCGUAAUCCAUACAUCGUCUCGUACUUUGGCAAUCAAAGCCGAUAUUUGGAGCUCGAUGGCUCAGCUGAGAGACUUGAGGACAAACGCGUCAAUUACUCUGCACAAAAACCCAGCAGCUGACGAAAACCAAGGUGGCCAGCAUCUUCAGACGCUGGCCAACAUAUCACCGGGCGAUUGCACUCUUGAUUUGUUCGAGCGGGCACAUCACCUCAAGAAAUUAGGCAUUCGGGGGAUACUUGCCACGAUGAAUUUCGGCAACUUAAGAGUACUAAAUGAGCUUGAGAAUUUGAAGCUGCUGAAUGAUGACAUCCAUGAUAUCAUGAGCCCACUCAGCCUUCCUCCUCCAGAUAAGUUCCCCCCGAAACUUAGGAGCUUGACGUUAUCUGCCACUUUUCUCGGUUGGGAACAGAUGUCUGUCAUAGGAAUGCUGGAGAAUCUUGAGGUGCUCAAGCUGAAAGACAAUGCGUUCGUGGGUCGGUGCUGGGAGGUGGGCCCCGGUGGUUUCCGUAGCCUUGAAGUGCUGCACAUUGGGUACACGAACAUAGUUUCUUGGGAAGCUUCGGAUAACGACUUUCCUAAGCUUAAAUGCUUAAUGCUCAGAAACUGUGAGGAACUUGAAUCGCUGCCCCAAGUGCUUGCGGAUGUACCGUGCCUUGAGACAAUGGUCUUGCACCGGCUCAGUAGAACGGCUGUGGCUUCAGCUAGAAAAAUCCAGCAGCAAAUAUUGCAAAACAGAGGGGACUGUGGAGGAGGAGGCAGGGGAAUUAAGCUUUCCAUAUUUCCUCCUUACGAAUGA